GCGAUUGACAAAUACAUUCCAGCUGUCAGUUUGGCAAAAUGUUUUGAACCAAGAUAUUUAAAUUAAUUCUUAUCAAAUGAGGUAUUCCUGUUCUUCUACAAAUGCUCAAAAUGAAGUUUUUAACUCUAUCCACAGUUUUCGUUGUUUUUCUGAGUAUAAGUGAAAAUGUCAAUGGAAAGGCAAAGAAAUCUAAAUCUGUUACUACUCUCCUGGAAGCUAAAUGGCAAGCAACACCCCUAGUACUAGAGACGGCAGAGUAUUUGGCCGAUGAAAAUAUUGACUUCUUCUGGGGCUUUGUGGAUUCCAUAAGCUCAUUAGAACCACCACUCUCUUCAAUAGGCAGUGAACAUGAACAGUACAAAACUGUAAUCAAACAUGCUUCGAAGUUUUUAACGCCUUCUCAGAUAUCAGUGUUAAAAUUAGGGUUGUCAUUACAUGUAUAUUCACCUAAAGUACAAAUGUUUGCACAGAUAGCUCAAGAAUUAAAUUUACCAGAUUGUCCAAGUGUUGCAGACAUUGGUGGAACUGUUGUGUGUAAUGUUGAAGAUAUAAAGACUUUAAUAAAUAAGCCAAAUGAAAAUUACAAAAGAAUAGAGUUACAUAGGAUCGACAACCAUUUUCCCGGUUCUGCUAAUCGAUCUUUAGCUGUUGUACUUUAUGGUCAAAUAGGAACUAAGUCGUUUGGUGAAUUUCACGGAGUUUUAAAACAAGCAGCUCUAGACGGAAAGAUCGAUUAUGUCAUCCGUCAUUAUGUUAAGGGAAACGACUCUAAAAACCUACGGUUGUCUGGAUAUGGAGUGGAACUUCAAAUGAAAUCAACUGAAUAUAAAUCUCAAGAUGACACGGAACUACAUGAAGAUCAGAACUCAGCUGAAGCUUCGCAGGAGGAGGAGGAUACAGAAUUGAAGGAUUUGAUUUUGCAAAACUUAAACAAAUAUUCCCGAACCUUAAAAAUCAGUUAGAUAAAUUUAAAACACAUCUUGAAGACACUUCUAGUGAAUUGGCUCCAUUGAAGGUGUGGCAGUUUCAAGAGCUUAGUUUACAAGCUGCCGAAAGAAUUAUGAAUGCUCCUAGGGAGGAAGCAUUGAAGAUAUUGACCAAUACUGCUCAAAAUUUUCCAAUGCAGGCUAAAGGAUUAGCAAAAACUACAGUAAAUGCAAACUUGAAAGCGGAAAUGAAGAAAAAUAGCAAUAUGUUUGCCGCCCACCUUAACCUACAACCCUCAGAUACAGCUUUGUUUAUCAAUGGAAUGUUCUACGAUAUUGACUUAGUGGAUGUGUAUGGGAUACUAGAAAUUUUACGCCAGGAACUUAAAACUAUGGAAGGACUACACGGUCUAGGCAUAAGCAAUAAACGAAUGUCUUCAUUGCUGGAAUUAGAUUUUGGAGAUGACCAAAACGGUCAAGACUUUGCCAUUGAUAUCAGAGAUUCCGCUAUAAAUUGGAUUAAUGACAUCGAGCAAGAUCCCAAGUAUGCUAGAUGGUCGAGCUCACUCAUGGAGUUAUUACGUCCCACGUUUCCUGGUAUGUUACGUCAAGUAAGAAGAAAUUUGUACAACUUGGUUCUAAUCAUCGACCCUACUGAUAAAUCCUCGUCUGAAUUAUUGAAAUUAGUGGAAUCAUUUGUAGUUCACACAGCUCCUAUACGAGUCGGCCUAGUUUUUAAUAUUACUGCUAAAUCCGACGCCACUGGCCUCGAAGAUGUCGGAGUAGCAAUGCAGUGUGCCUUGAAUUACAUUACACAGUCCAAAGAUGCCGCUACAGCGCUUACUUUUGUUAGAACUUUAUUAACGUCUGUAGAAGAAAAACUUACGAUAGAAGAUAUUAAAAAACACCUGCGUAAAGACUAUGACGAAGAUCCUGUCGAUAUAUUGGGUGAAGAUUCCGUAUACGAUUUUGGACGUCAACUCUCUGCCGACUUUAUUGAACGAGCAGGCCUUAAAGUGUUUCCUCAAGCUCUACUCAAUGGAGUACCAUUUCCUCAAGAACAAGUUAAUGUAGAUGAUUUCGAAGAAACAAUCCUUCAAGAAGUGAUGACACAAACACAUUCGUUCCAAAAAAGCGUAUAUAGAGGAAAACUUUCAGAUUCAGACGAUGUCUUCGAAUAUAUCAUGAAUCAACCCAAAGUUAUGCCAAGGCUGAAUGAUAGAAUUUUGAAUAGAGAUAGGUCUAUCCACUUGGACAUGACAGGUACAGCAGGUAGUAUAAACAACUUGGAAAGUUUAUUAAAACUUAGCACCAGAGAUAUGACCGCUACGGCCAUAGAAAAUGUAAGAUACUUCUCAGCAGCCAAAAAACUAGGUCAAUAUCAUUCAAUGACGUACUGGAUAAUUGGAGAUUUAAACUGUAAGAAAUCCAGAACAUUACUCUUGGAUGCUUUAAAUCAUUUGAAAUCUGAGACACAUGUACGAGUUAGCUUUUUGCCUAACGUUAAUGGAGGAAAGGAUAACACUUUAAACAAAAUCGUUCUAGCCGCUUUACAGGAAUUACCGUCAGAAAAAGCAUUGUCUCUGGUUAUAUCAUUGUUAAAGGAUGAUGCUGCUGCUAGAAAAUUAGACAACGGAGAAAAACUGGAUCUUCCUGUUGAAGUUAGUUCUAAAAUGGAUGCGCAAGAGCUCAACCUGAAAAUGUUGAGGAUUUAUUGUCAAAGAGUACUACAGCUGAAAGAAAGUCAAAGGUCAGUUAUAGCCAAUGGAAGAGUUCUUGGACCCCUGGACGAAAAUGAGGAGUUUACUUCCGAAGAUUUUAGUCUUUUAGAUAGAUUUAGCUCUUCUACAUACUGGGAGAAAAUUAAGGCUGCAUUGGAUAAAAAUUCGGACGAAGAAGAUGAAGUUUCCAGCAACUCAUUAAUGAAAUUAAUAUCUCUGCUCAUCGCAAGACCUCAGAGUAGAUCCCGGUUUGAAAUUUCCUUCUCUGGCGACGAACAUUCUGUUAUAAAGAUUCCUCCAGCUCAUCCCGACCGUGUAGCGUUCGAUAUUGCCGCAAUUGUCGAUCCCGUUUCGAGAGGAGCCCAAAAGUUGGGCCCCAUUUUACAGGUGCUGCAGGAAGUUUUGAACUGUAAAAUUAGAGUAUUUUUGAACAGCGUGGAAAAGAAUAGUGACAUGCCGGUUAAAAGUUUUUAUCGAUUUGUACUGGAACCAGAAAUACAAUUUGGAGAAGAUGGUAAGCAGUUACCAGGUCCAAUAGCAAGGUUUAACAACAUGCCCACGUCUCCAUUGUUAACUCAAAACUACCAUGUACCUGAAAAUUGGUUGGUAGAAGUAGUAAGAUCAGUAUAUGAUUUGGAUAACAUACGAUUAGAAAAUGUUGAAAGUAAUGUCCACAGUGAAUACGAACUUGAAUAUUUACUGCUAGAAGGUCACUGUUUCGAACAGAGCUCCGGCAGUCCUCCAAGAGGCCUGCAAAUAACCCUGGGUACCGAAAGUCAACCUGUGAUUGUAGAUACUAUUGUUAUGGCUAAUUUGGGCUACUUCCAACUUAAAGCUAAUCCUGGUGCUUGGCUUCUAAGAUUACGGCAAGGUAGAAGUGCUGACAUAUACGACAUUGUUAGUCACGAAGGAAGCGAUACUCCAGAGAAUUCGACUGACAUUAAAGUACUGAUCAGUUCUUUAAGAUCGCAUAUCGUUAAAUUAAGAGUACAAAAGAAGCCAGAUAAAGCAAAUGUAGAUUUAUUAUCAGACGAUGAUAAUAAUAACGGUAUCUGGAGUUCCAUAGCUAGCUCCUUCAAAGGCAGCGAAGACGAGAGUGACGAAAAACUAAAUAUAUUCUCUUUGGCUUCUGGUCACUUAUAUGAAAGGUUCCUGAGAAUUAUGAUGCUGUCAGUAUUAAAACACACAAAGAGACCUGUUAAAUUUUGGUUCUUAAAGAAUUAUCUCUCUCCACAAGUUAAGGAUUUCCUUCCAUAUAUGGCGAAAGAAUAUGGAUUUGAAUAUGAAUUAGUUCAAUACAAAUGGCCUAGGUGGUUACACCAACAAACUGAAAAACAGAGAAUUAUUUGGGGUUACAAAAUAUUGUUCCUGGAUGUAUUGUUUCCUCUAGACGUAAAGAAAAUUAUUUUUGUCGAUGCAGAUCAGGUUGUUAGAGCAGAUCUUAAAGAACUCCAGGAAUUAGAUUUAGGUGGAGCGCCAUAUGGCUACACGCCGUUCUGUGAAUCUAGAAAAGAAAUGGAUGGAUUCAGGUUUUGGAAGCAUGGUUAUUGGAGAAACCAUCUACAAGGUAGAAGGUACCAUAUAUCUGCCUUAUAUGUAGUAGAUUUAAAGAGGUUCCGUAGGAUAGCAGCUGGUGAUAGGCUUAGAGGUCAAUACCAAGCUUUAAGUCAAGAUCCUAACAGUCUGUCAAAUUUGGAUCAGGAUUUGCCCAAUAAUAUGAUCCAUCAGGUAGCGAUUAAGUCACUGCCUCAAGAAUGGUUGUGGUGUGAAACUUGGUGUGAUGAUGCGUCCAAAGAGAAAGCGAAAACUAUAGAUUUGUGUAAUAAUCCAAUGACAAAGGAAGCCAAAUUAACAGCUGCGGUAAGAAUCCUUCCCGAAUGGAAGGGAUACGAUGAUGAAAUUAGAAAUUUACAAAAGAAAAUAGACUCAGGGUUGUUAGAUGCAGAUCCAGCAGAAAAUAUUGAUGUUAGUGAAACAGAAAGGACUGAUACUCAUCAAGAAUUAUGAUAAAUAGAAUAAAUUAUGUACAUAUUUUUUAAAUUGAUUUGUAAGUGAUAUUUACAUUUCUUAAGUUGUAUAUGGGUUAAGUUAAUAAAUAAUUAAGUCU